AUGAUCCCAACGCCAGAUCUGUCGCAUUUGUCGAGAGGAGAUUAUGACCAUGUCUACGAGCCCGCAGAGGAUACUUUCCUGCUCCUGGAUGCCUUGGAACAGGAUGCAACGGAACUUUUAAGGUCAAGGCCACUUAUAUGCUUAGAAAUUGGGUCUGGUUCAGGAUGUGUCUCCAGUUUUCACUCAUUUUCUAAUUAUCCUCCAGUAUAUAUAUCGACGGAUAUCAAUCUACACGCAUGUCGCUGCACUCGGCGGACUGGCCUCCAGAAUAAGAUACCCAUCGACUCUAUCCUGACAUCACUCACUGGUGCACUCAUGCAUCGUCUGUCGCAUGCCGUGGAUGUCCUGCUCUUUAACCCGCCCUAUGUCCCGACCUACUCCGACGAGGCGGAUGAUGCGCAGCAUGAUGCUGGUAUUGCAGGCGCGUGGGCGGGUGGAGCAGAUGGGAUGCAGAUAACAAACACAGUACUCCAGCAGGUUGAGCCAACAGCUGACCAAAGUGUGCAGAGCCUGCUAUCGCCCACAGGUCGGUUCUACCUUGUGGCUGUGAAGGAAAACGACGUUCCUGGAAUUCGUCAGCGCAUGCUCGACGAGCACAGGCUUCAGAGCCAAAUAGUGCUGCAAAGACGCGCAGGCCGCGAACAUCUUUUCGUCGUACGGUUUUCUCGCGGAUAG